UCAAGUUUCGAUCACAGAGGUACUCACAGUCUUGCAGAACGGCAGAACAUCGUCUAUAUUUUUCCGUUGGUCAUGGUUGAACUUAGGCUUAAAAUUCGAUCAAAACUCAGCCAAACUUGUUCAAACAAAGAACACCACUUUUCAUGCUUAAUGCGAUGGGAGUUAAGGUUCGUCGAUUUUGUUGACAACAACCCAAACACUCCCUUUGUUUAUUUGCGUGGAUGGAAACAUCUGCUUUCAUCGUGGGUAAAGUUAGCCGAAACGGGCCACCAGGUUUGCUUUCUUCGAAAAGAGGAACGUAAUGUAAUAAAAAGUUAUGUCAACAUGUCGAUUGUAUCUAUGUGAGUGCGUCACUCGUGAUCGUAGGAAAGAUGCCACCGUGUAAAUUUUGUCUCCUCGGUAGCCAAAUUUGUAGAACUGAAUUAAACUGGAUUUACCAUAUUCAGUUUAGCCCGUUCAUUAAGAUCCAGUGAGCCCUUGUGAGUGGCUGUUCAUUCAAGCUAAGGAAUAAUUUGGCAAACUUAAGUACUGACAAGCCUCUAGACUGUAACGCGUCUUAAGACCCGAGAUCCCUAGGGACGCGUCAAGUACGAAAGAAGCAUUGUCUCUCUCUUGUGACGUCACAUUCAGGGCUAUAAACAGUCGGUGUGUUGAAAUAUCACCACAGUCCGGUGACUCGAUUGCACUAGAUUCAACGGUAUUCAUCAGCGACAUAGACACCGGAGAUUUUGUCACAGCAAAGGGUCAGAUAAAAUCGGCCCAAGAUGAGAUUCUGCAUAGCAACUGAGUUCUUUGCGGCGUUCUGCGCAACGAUGUACAUUUCCAGCGAAGUAUUCGCCUCAGACCUGUACUGUUUUUCCUGUUUUGGAUAUGAUGAAGAUGACCCCACAAAGUGCCACAGUAAAGAGGGCGGUGAGCUGUUUGUCAGAAAAUGUACAACAAAUUCCUCGAAAGCAAAUCCAGCUUGUAUUAGGUACAAGGCGUCCUAUCAUAUUCCGCAGUCGAUAAGGGGGACGCUGAAAAGAGUUCCCUCCAAAAUACACGCAGUACAUUGUGGAACGCGUCAGGGAUGUGAGAGGAAGGAGUGCCCAAACUUCUGGCCAAAAGAUAUCGUCGUCGAGGACUGCGAAAUCUCUUGCUGCGAGAAGAGAGAUGGUUGCUCAUUCCCGUUACCAAGUGAUGACGAUAUUGCUAAUUAUAAUGAGGGAAAGGGUACUGGCGGGGUAAACGGUGGCAACGUUCAGGCUGGAGCUCGGGGAAGUGGUGUGGCCAGAACCUUCCUGUCCACGUGGCUACAAGCCAUGUGCUUUGCCAUAUUUGGAUGGCUUAAGUUGUGAAGCACGUGGAAUCGUGUCGAACACCUCUCUUCAUGAAGUUGAUAAAAUUAAGGGUCGACGAGUGUCAAUGAUGGAGCAUUUGAGUGCCUUGGACUGAAAGAGUUUCCAUUGAAUCUGCCUAGAAGAGAAUGAGGCUGUCACCGGAGAUCUCGGAACUAGUGCUGCUUGUAGAGGUCUUAGAAAGCCUGUCAAUAUUAGCAAUUUUAUAGCUAUAGCUUUACUCCGCCAUCGAAAGAAACAAGAACAGCUCAGCCUAUUGUCCACUAAGAGGUAUUAUUAUUAUUAUACAUGUGACUGGUCGUGCAACACCACCUUUAAAUGGAAGGGAGAGUCACAUUUAUGAAUUACCCACAUCAGUGUAAUUGCAAGCGAUGAUUUUGAAGAUGUUGCCAUGUUUAUCACGUCACUUGUGACUGAUAACUUGUGGCUAUGUUUUAAAAUACAUUAGAUUUGAGUGCUGAGUCAAGAAGAAAAGAAAAAAAAAAGGAAAAACAGGUAAUCAAGCUUUGCUUUGGACGAAAAGUCCUUCCCCAGACCCCCGACCAUAAACACCCCGUGGGAAAUAGCGCAGCUGUCAUUUUCGGAAUAAAAUUCGAUCUGGUAAUGUUGAAAAAAAUAAUACAGAGACAUUUGUAGCAAACGUAGACAGAGCAGGAGCUUUUUACUUUGGUUUGUAGUCGAAGCUGUCUUUAGCUUUAGUGGCUCACAUUUCCUUACCGUUCUACUGGUCAGCGGUCGCUAUUAAGGUAUACUCGACCGUCCCAAAAUUGCCUGUUCAUAAUCUGUUUUUUCAUGGUUGCGGGGCAAGUGCAAUCAUGAGAUUGGUCACAUAGAUCUUUGGUGAAAGUCUAGUUUUGUUUUUAUGUACACUGCUCUAGUUCAUUUACCUUUUACAUUGUAUUAUAAACAUGCUGCGCAUGAAGACAUUACAGAACAAUCGAGUUGAUAGCUUACAACCUGAUAUGGGUGGUAUAACAUGCCUUAAAAUAUUGAAUAGGCUUGGCUAGUUUUAGUAAAAACUGGUAGGUUUGUUGUGACAUGUGUUGAAUAUCAUCCAAGUAGCACGUUAAAUAGAUUUCUUUUUAUACACAAAUAACGUUUUCAUAGUUAUGAAACAUGUUAGAUUAGUGCAUUUCAUGUAAAUAACGCAGGUUUCGUCCGUUUUAUUUUUAUAAUAAACAUGGAUUCUUACAA